AUGCAUUUCCAAGCCUCUCUCCUCCUGGCUGUCGUCACCCUGCUUUUUGGCAGCGGCAGCGCCCAGACCGGCGAUGCACGAUUAAGCCGGUUCCCGGUAUCCGUGCACGACAUCGUUGCGGCCCUUCCUGGUGAUGUGGACCACAUGGACGUGGCUCGCGCAAGCCGCAUCUGGCGCAAGGGUGUCAUCCGGACCUACAUCGCUGGCAACACCCCUCCCACCCCCGAGGUUGUGGCGGAGGGCCUCCUGCACAACGAGACCUGGGCCUACUACCCGGAUGACAAGCCGCGGAGGUCCAUGUAUGCUGGGGACACACGGGCAGGCCUGGUGCCCUUCCUGGCCCACGCCCACUUUGGCGACACCUACAGCUGGCUCCUGUACAUGGACGACGACACCGUCUUCUUCCCCCCCGCCCUCCUCCACCUCCUGCGCGACUUUGAUCCCGCCAUUCCCUACUUCAUCACCGACCACCUCUGGUACGCCAACGGCACGGGACCGGCGACGCACCCCCAUCCCCAGGCCCCGCGCUGCCUGCCCUGCCACUUCGACGAGGCGCUGUAUGCGCGCCGGCGCCGCUCCUUCCCUGCGCCGCGCGGCUGCCCCUGCACCCCGCAGCUGCUCUGCGCCGCGGCGCCGCGCGUGUUCAACGCGCACUGCGACAUCCCGCGCCACCCCGCCAACACCUUUUCCAUGCACGGCGGCGCGGGGGCGGUGCUCUCCGCCGGCCUCCUCCGCGCGGUGGGCCUGGACUUCAUGGAGGCUUGCUCCCUGAGCCUGCAGUCCACCGGCGGCGACGCCUUCAUCUCCAUCUGCCUCUGGCAGGCCGGCUACUUUGUCACCGACCCGGGGCUGUCCGUGUUCAUGGAGGGCGUGCACGCCUUUGACCCGGGGCCCGAGGACCGGCUGGGGGCCAUGCGCCUGCUGGCCGCCUACAUUGACGGGCACCGGGAGGGCGCGGACCGGCACUGGGUCACCACCUGCGACGAGGCCUGUGAGCGCCAGCUGGGGGCCAUGGUCUCCCUGCACAUCCGGUCCAGGUCGUUUGCGGCGCUGGACGACGCCGCCUCCUUCAUCAAGGCCAUCACCACCCUGUACGAGGCGAGCAUGGGAGUGGAUGUGUAUAAACUCCCCGACGUCGGGACGGCGGCGGCCGCAGCCAAUGGGACCGGGACGGGCGCGGCGGGGGGUGGCAGUGAAAGCGCCGAGUCGCUGGAGGACCAGGCGCACCGCCUCGCCAUGGACAAGACCAAGGCCGGCGCGCAGGCGGCCGAGGAGAUCGUGGUGUCGGAGACGGGCCAUGACGCGGCCGCCGGGGACGGCGUGGUCGCGGCGGCUGGGGAAAGGGAGCAGACCGAGCCUUCAAAGCCGGAGCCCCGGGUAGGCGUCGGCGUGGUUGUACUGAGGGAGCUGAGCCCUGGAAACCCCGAGACCCUGCUCAUAAGGCGCGCAAAGGCCCCCAACAAAGGGGACUGGUGUUUCCCUGGAGGCAGCCUCGAGCUGGGGGAGACGCUGGUGCAGUGCGCAGUGCGGGAGACGCUGGAGGAGACUGGGCUGAGGCUGAGAUGCCGGCUGCCGCAGGCGGAGCACGGCCAGCCCGACGCCCGUCACCCUCCCUUGAGCCCGGACCUGGCGUAUCCCUCAUCCUUCAUCGCCGGCGAUGCGAUUACAUACGAUGAUGCGGGGGCCCUGGCCUUCCACUAUGCCAUCGUCAAUGUGGCGGGGGUGCCGGAGAACCCGGAGGCCGCAGUCGUACCUGGGGACGACGCCGCCGAUGCACGCUGGUUUCCGGUGACCGACCUCCGUGGGCUGAAGGUCGCAGAUCUGGUGCCAACCUGCGACUUUGUAGCGGAGGAGGCGGUGCGGAGGUUUGCCAUCCGAUGA